ACAGGAGGUUUACAAUCCCUAUCGAGGUUGAAAAGACGAUUAAGCUAGAUGACGCACACCAGACUCAGAUCAUGCUGGCCAGAGACAGCACUGGAAGAAAGAAGUUCCUUGUAUGGGAGAGUGAAGAAAACGAAUUUGAGACUCUUUUUGAGGAACUGGAUAACUCUGCUAAUGCCACCAUCCAGAUUACAGUAAACACACCUGAAGAAACGAAAAUCAUGAAAUCAUCAGAAGUCAAAGAUCUUGACAUUUCUGAGGAGCUCAAAAGUUUACAAGAAAAGCUCUCAGACAUAACGUCAAGUCUCGAGAAAGGCGAGCUGAAGGAAGAAUCUUUCCCCAUCACUAACAAGUUAGAGUUAAUCAACAGACAUAGUAGAACCCUUCAAGAACUCUACACUAAAGUCACUGGCAUGACGGGCGAAGCUUGCAGGUGCGAUGAAUUGGUGAGAAGAAACUUCUACGACUUCACGUACCACAGUUUAAGAGCCGUACAUAAUAAUCUGAGUGCACGAGCUGCGGACCUACAAUCAGCAGAACCAACCAUGAGAGAGAAGGAGAAAGAAACACUAAAAAGCCUAUUAUCAUACCAAAAAGGCAGAGAAAAGCAAGUCGAGCAGUUGGAGAAGUUAUGGAUAGGGCUUUUCUCACCGAUUACGAGAGCACAUUCGGAAUACGCUCUAGCCAAAGGGAACACACCCCGAAAGGUGAGACUGAAACCAAGAGCUGAGUGGUGUUAAAGGUUCUUACUUAUAGUUGCAUCCAUUUU